AAAAAAAAAAAUUCCAGCCUGAAAAAGUUGAGAGCUUCUCUCUCCUGGGAAAAUUUUUCCCAGCUCUUUUGCGCGUACGAAGGCUGGUUCUCCGAUGAUUCGUGGGGUUUAAUCAGGUGGUGAUUCUUGCUGUUCUUGGUCAGGGGUCUUUACUAAUACCAUCGUCCAGACUUGGAUUUGGUUUUAGAAGGAUUACGAGGGCCAAAAAAAAUCGCAGAAACGAGGGUUUGAGCGCAGAUUCACUGUUCACGUCAGCGGUGAUUUGUGGUUUGUUUUUGGGUGUUUCUGUUGGGAACUUCAUCUGAUUACAGUUCCGUGCUCGCCUCUGUAUUUAGACGUUAAUCUGCGGCCAUUCCAUGACUUUUUGGUUCUUUUUAUUCGCAUAAUUUUUUGGAGCUCUGUUUCGUUUGAACUGCUGAGUCGUUUGGUUGUAGGUUCUGUUUAAGUUUGGGUUUCGAGUGUGGACUGUAUCCCAUAUGGUUUGCUUUUGAUUUUCCGAAUUUCAUAGUCAGGACCUACGAUCUGGUUUCUUUUCGGAAUUUUACUGUCAUGUCUGGAAAAAAAUCACAGGUUAUUGGGGAAGCUACCAAGCCAAGGACCACCAGGGCAAGUUUCACAGUCCUGCAGGAUUCUGAUGCUGAAUUCCCUGCCCUGCUGCCAGGACUCUCACUGAAGAAGACAAAAAAGGCAAAUGCUGAUGGAAAAAAUGUUGCUGCUAUUGAACUCCCACCUCCUGGGAAGGUUAUACAAUCUGGACAGAGAGCAAUGACAAUGGUUUUGGACCCAAACGCAGAUGCUGCACAAAGUGGGGUUGUGACCAAUGCUGAAAUCAGGCAUGAAGGAAUUACUGCUGGGGCAGUAAAGACUGGGGCAGUGGUUGUAGCACCUGCUGCUAAGGAUACUGCUGCAGCAGUAAAUGUAGGGGCUAAGACUACAAAUCCCGAACCUUGGAGUGCUCUUUUUAAGGAUAAUCGGGACCCAUCACAUGGUAUCAAACUGAGAUACGUUCCUCCCAAAGGAGCAACUUUGGACUUUGGUGAUCGCAUUUUACCUUCCAUGGUUGAAAUGUGGGGUUUUUGCCUAGUAGGGCACUUUACUGGGAAAUUCCCCGGACUCAAAGCAGUUCAUGAUCUUAGAGCUAAAUGGGGUGUGAAAUGUUUUGUGAAAUCCCACAAUAAGGGAUGGGUAAUCUUUAAAUUCACAAAUGAGGAGGAUAGAAUGAAAGUUCUUCAUGAUGGUCCUUACAUGGUCUUUGGGAAACUCCUUAUGCUCAAAGAACUUUCGGAAGACUUUUCUUUUGAAGAUGAAGAGUUCCUCAAAGUGCCGAUUUGGGUCAAAUUCCCCAAACUACCAAUGAAGCUAUGGAACGAUGAAGCUAUGAGUGAGGUGGCAUCCAUGGUUGGAGUACCCAUAACUACGGACAAGAUCACUAAAGAGAGGAUGAAUAAUGAAUAUGCUAGAGUGCUUAUCGAGGUUGAUGUUUCAAAGCCACCGCCACUCUCUUUUCCUAUACGACUACCUUCAAAAAAGGUAUUCAAUCAAAGUGUGCUUUACGAAACUUUUCCUAAUUAUUGUUUUCAUUGCAAAGAAUUUGGGCAUCACCCAUUUAUUUGCAACAAGCUAUCCAAUUGUGGUGAGGGGGGAAGUAGGGGAAAGGAUAAACAGGUUGUUGCUGUUGAGGAAAUUGAUGAAGUUGGGCUAACUUCUAUCCGGGCAGAAUCUUCCCUUCCAGCCUCGGAAGCUACUGCCAUGCCGGCUUUGGAGCUUGCUGCCACUCCGAAGUUUGAUGCCAUAUCUGAAAUUCAGGGACCUACUGUUGACGUUGUUACAUUAGAUGAACCUGCUUUGACUCAAGCUGCUGCACCAGCUAAUAAUGAUGCUGCCACGGCUAUAACAAAUGGUGUCGAA